AGUCAGGAGAGGCUUUAUGACCGUCGUUCCAGGCCGAAGUCCACCUGAAGGCCUCACACAGGCAUCAGUCUGCUGAGGGGUUCAGGCACCCAGACUGCCUUUCUCUGGCUCUCUCACUGCCGUGUCUGACAGGAUGGCUGCUUCUCCAACAAUGAACAUCAGCCUGCACUAACUCUGGCACCACCACCAGGAAUGGACCUACUUGUUCAUCAUCCACCGGAGUGUCAGCCCAAUGCCCAGGACACGGUCGGCUAUCCAGAGGACGUGUCGACUUCAGCUGGCUUGUCAGCAGAGACGCUGCAGACGGACCGGGCGGGUACAUCCGAAUCCCUGGAGAGCUGUCCCAUUUGUGGGGACAAAGUGUCCGGAUACCACUAUGGACUGCUCACCUGUGAGAGCUGCAAGGGCUUCUUUAAGCGAUCAGUGCAGAACAACAAGCAUUACACCUGUGCAGAUUCUCAGCGCUGCCCCAUCGACCUUUCACAGCGGAAACGCUGUCCAUUUUGCCGCCUGCAGAAAUGUUUUGCGGUGGGCAUGAAGCGAGAGGCGGUGAGGGCAGACCGCAUGCGAGGGGGCAGGAAUAAGUUUGGGCCUCUGUACCGCAGGGACAGACAGAUGAAACAGCAAAAACUUUGCCAUCCGACAAAUGCUGCCCCCUACAGGAUAAAGCUGGAAACUGCGCAAACGUACCAGCCCACAGGUCCAGCAGGUCUUCACCUUACGAGUAAACAUGUAAACAUUCCGUUACGUUCCGAUGCCAUUCAUCAAUCCCACGUUUGUCCUCCCAGCACGGGAGAGUUCUCCGGGCCUCUGGAUUGCACUUUGAACUCAGGCAAGGAGGUCGCAUCAUCACCUGGACCGUACCACGCGCCGUAUCGCCACAACUUGUCUGGAUACCUCCAGGAGAGCAGAGAGAUGGUUUUCAGCUAUAACCUGACUCCCAGUAAUUACCCGACGCACACAACUAUGAACACUUCAAGAAACGCACCAACAUCAUUCCUCUGCUCAACACCUGCGAUCCAGCUUCCCUUCCAAACGUCAGCCAGCUCCACGUCUCUGAGCUUCCUCAGCCAGCUGCUGGAGGGGGAGCAGGACGAGAGCCAGCUGUGCACCAAAGUCCUGUCCAGCCUGCAGAGAGAACAGGCCAGCCGAGGCAAACACAACCGCCUCAACACUUUCAGCAUCAUGUGCAAAAUGGCCGACCAGACUCUGUUCUGGCUCGUGGAGUGGGCCCGGAACAGCGCCCUCUUCAAACAGCUCCAGGUGGACGACCAGAUGGUGUUGCUGCAGAGCUGUUGGAGUGAGCUGCUUGUUCUCGACCACCUCUGCAGGCAAGUGGCCUACGGCAAAGAGGGCUGCAUCUACCUGGUCACGGGACAGCAGAUUGAGGUAUCGACCAUUAUCUCUCAGGCGGGAGUGACGCUGAGCAGCCUGGUAUCCAGGACUCAGGACCUGGUGUCCAAACUAAAGACACUCCAGCUGGACAGACAUGAGUUUGUUUGUCUCAAAUACUUGGUGCUGUUCAACCCCGAUGUGAAGCUGGUGCAGAGCCGCAGGCAGGUGGAGCAGACUCAGGAGCGGGUGAACAGGGCCCUGAUGGAGCACACCCAGCAGAGCCAUCCAGGUCACACUGACAAGUUUGGCCAGCUGCUGCUCCGGCUACCUGAAGUGAGGAGCAUCAGCUUGCAGGUGCAGGAGUAUUUGUACCAGCGCCACCUUGUGGGAGACUUGCCCUGUAACUCUCUGCUCACAGAGAUGCUGCACACAAAGCACAGCUGAGAAGAUGCUGAAGAAUGGUUUCAUUCUGUUCCACUUAUCCUCUUUGUAUGUUGACAAGCAGUGAGAAAGUAUGCCUGUAACACA